AAUUAUUUUUUUGAUAUACAAUUUAAUGCAUGCAAUAUUUAGAAUUUGGUUGUUAUUUAAAAAAUGUUGUGUAAUAUAUAAAUAAAAAAAAUCUAUGUACAGUAUGUAGUUUUAAAACAUUACUGCUAUGCUUUACAUUUUUACAGCAUUUGGUCAGUUUUGAAGAGAUAAUGAAGUUACCAAAAAUGGUUCCUUAUUAAUAAAGUGCUCCUUCAUUAGACUGGAUUGGGUAUGAAUUCAGUUUUGAGAAUAUUCAGGUUAUCUGUUGUUGUUUAGGGGGUUAAUCUGGUUUACAUCACGCCGUUUAUGAAAGGGUUGAGCUCAAAUCUCCUGAUAAAUGAUGCAGGAGCAAUCCAGAGCUAAAUUUAGCGUCACCAUGGAGGCACCCCGGUCACGGCAGGAUGAGAUUGUACUGGUCCCAGCGUGAAGAGCACCAGACAUGGCUGUCGUUAGUGGAACUUACCGCAUGGUGUCGGAGGAGGAGCAGGCUCUCCGGGCCAAACUGGAGCACCUCACCGUCAAGGAUCAUGGUCCCGUGUUUGGACCCUCCCCCAACCUGCCAGAUCACACCCGGCAGAAGGCCAAAGACGAGCUGAACGAGACAGAGGAGAAACGUGUGUCAGCGGUGAAGGAGCUUCGAGGUAUUAUCAAGGAGAAGGCAGAUGCGGGGGAUGAGCUGGCCAAGGGGGUGCAGGACACUUUUGGGGAGAAACCCGACAGCAUGCUGGUACGCUUCAUCCGGGCCAGGAAGUACGACGUGCCCAGAGCCUUCGAGCUCAUGAAGGGUUACGUCCGCUUCAGGAAGGAGUACCCCGAGCUCUUUGAGAACCUGACUCCAGAGGCUGUGCGCAGCACCAUCGAGGCCGGCUACCCCGGCAUCCUGCAGAGUCGAGACAAAUAUGGCCGCGUGGUUCUGCUCUUCAACAUCGAGAACUGGGACUAUGAGGAGAUCACCUUCGACGAGAUCCUGCGGGCCUACUGUGUCAUCCUGGAGAAGCUUCUGGAGAACGAGGAGACUCAGAUCAACGGCUUCUGCAUCAUCGAAAACUUCAAAGGCUUCACCAUGCAGCAGGCGUCUGGCAUCAAACCCACAGAGCUCAAGAAGAUGGUGGACAUGCUGCAGGACUCGUUCCCGGCUCGUUUCAAAGCGGUGCACUUCAUCCACCAGCCGUGGUACUUCACCACCACUUACAAUGUGGUCAAACCCCUCAUGAAGAGCAAGCUGCUUGAGAGGGUCUUCGUGCAUGGGGACGAGUUGGAAAACUAUUACAAGGAGUUUGACGCUGACAUCCUUCCCGCAGAGUUUGAUGGGAAGGCCUCCAAAUACGACGGCAAAGCCACGGCUGCCAAGUUGUUUGACUAAAAGCUGUUUUUGAAUCAUAUUUACACUGGAUAGACUGCUGAGACUUGUAUGAGCAAGGGUCACCUUUUCUUCCUGUUCCUUUUGGGGUCCAAUUAAAGCCUAAACAGCCUUUUAACUAAUUGCGCUAAUGCUGCAUUGACGUCACUUUUUCAGGUUUUUUUUCUUCCAAUACCUCCCAUGAAUGGAAUGUAAAACCACCAGUAGGCGGGGAUCUAUUUCCUGAUACAAAUUGAUUGGUUACCACCACCAGUGGUACUCGGUACUCGGACUAGAUAUACCAAUGCCAUUGCCAUUGUCAAUCAUUUUUAAUCAUCGGCUAUUUCUUCAAACUUGGUCUUGGGCUUUUUCUGGACCCCUGUAGGGAGCCCACACCCUCUGAACAGAUUAUUAUACAUAUUGUUUUCAAUAAGUGCCUGUUUGUCUCUUAUUGUCUAUUUACUACAAUACUAUCACUAACAAUGUUGCCCAUUGCAUUACCUGCUGUACCAGUUGAUGUACAAUAAACUGUAUAUAUAAAG